CAGCAUGACUAGACCUUUAAAAACACCAGACUUUUCAGACAUGCAGAGAAGUGGAACAUUUAACAAAAUUUGCCCUGUACCAGACUUUUUCUGUCAGUCCUGUUUCUGUUUCCUGCAGAGUGCUACUGGUUUGCUUUUCUCUCUCCUCCCCGAUGGAACGAAGAGGCAGCAGAGGAGAAAAACAGGAAUGGAAACUAUCCAACUUCAGGAUAUUUGAUAACAUGGUUACUUUGCAUCAACCUGUGUGAGUGUGCUGUAUCUCUAAGUGUGUGUGUGAAGUGGGUGGAGAUAAAGUGUUAGCAGGGAGAGCACCUGAAGCUACAGGUGGUGGUUGAUCACUUCUCCCUCCUUUUGUCUUUCAAUGCACAUGAAAUUCACAGAAGGCCCACGAUGAGGUUUAGCUGGGUUAAAGGAUCACUGCUGGUCUUUGCCGUGACCGCCGCUGUGUCUUACCUCAGCUCCAUUAAAAGAGAAGUCAAAACCAACGUGGAGAAACUUCAGAGGGCCCACAGCAAUGACUCCAUCAGGGGUCAGGGAAUACUGGAGAGGAUGGACAAGAUGGAAGCACACAUCAGCAAGCUGGUCAAUGUGAUGAAUAAACUUGGUAAGAGGGAGCCAACAGCGCCACAGGGGAUGGCAGAGGUGAAGACGGAGAGGAAGGUGGUGAGGAAGCUGUACCCGAACUCGGCUCUGUUCAGUAGGUGGGGGGACGAGCUGUCGGAGGAGGAGCAGAAGGAGGCCGAGAGGUUGUUUCAGCGAUACGGCUACAACGCCUUCCUGAGUGACCGGCUGCCCCUCAACAGAGAGAUCCCUGAUACCAGGCCACGCAAGUGUGCUGAGAAAAAGUACCCCGAGGAUCUUCCUACAAUCAGCGUUGUGUUGAUCUACCUGGACGAAGCUCUCUCUGUCAUCAAAAGGGCCGUCCGCAGCAUCAUAGACAAGACGCCAGCUCGGCUCCUGAGGGAAAUCAUACUGGUGGACGAUCACAGCAGUAACGAGGAUCUGAAGGAGAACCUGGAUGAAUUCAUCAGCUACAUCCACGAGGAGCAUCCAGGCCUGGUGAGGAAAGUCCGGCACUCGGAGCAGCUGGGCCUCACUCAGGCCAGACUGUCGGGAUGGAAGGUCGCUGAAGGGGACGUGGUGGCCAUCUUGGACGCCCACGUAGAAGUCCAUGUACAAUGGGCUGAGCCAUUGCUAGCUCGCAUUAAAGAGGACCGGACAGUGAUUCUGACGCCAGUGUUUGACAACGUCAGAUAUUAUGACUUGACCCUGGUUCCUUACGUUGCUGCAGCAGAUGCCUUUGACUGGGCUCUGUGGUGCAUGUACGAGUCCUUCAGGCCUGAGUGGUACGAUUUAAAGGACGAGUCACGACCUGCCAAGAGCCCCUCCAUCAUGGGGAUUGUUGUAGCUGAUCGCAAGUUCUUUGGAGAGAUCGGAAGCCUUGAUGGCGGAAUGAAAAUAUACGGUGGUGAAAAUGUGGAGCUCGGCAUCCGGGUGUGGCUAUGCGGGGGAAGCAUAGAGGUCAUACCUUGCUCUAAAAUCGCCCACAUUGAGCGGGCUCGAAAGCCUUAUCUUCCAGACUUGAGCAUAACGAUGAAACGCAAUGCGCUGAGGGUGGCGGAGGUGUGGCUGGAUGAAUAUAAAUACAACGUUAACAUAGCCUGGAACCUUCCCCUGGAGAAUCAUGGGAUAGACAUUGGGGAUGUGUCUGAGAGGAAAAAGCUGAGAGAGAGGCUGAAUUGCAAACCUUUUAGGUGGUAUCUGGAUAACAUUUACCCCCAGCUGGACCCUCUGCAAAACCUGCUAGGCUACGGAGCGCUGAUUAACGACCUGAGGCCAGAACUCUGUAUCGACCAAGGCCCAGUUCCCGGAAACACACCCAUUGCUUAUAUCUGCCAUUACCAGUCAUCACAGCACUGUUAUUAUCGCACUGAUGGACAACUGUACAUUGGAGGAAUAAAAUCUCAUAAGUACAACAGCAACCGCUGUCUGGUGGACCCCGGCACUGGAGAUAAGCCGGGACUGUACGAGUGCAAAGAAGCAGUGAAGAAGUUCCACAAACUGUGGGACUUUAAACAGAAUGGACCGAUCCAGAACAGAGAAACCAAGAGAUGUCUGGAAAUUGCGACGGGUCAAAGCGACGAAGACAUACUCAUCCUCCGGCAGUGCAGCGGUCAGAAGUGGAAGAUUCAAAAUCUCAUCAAAGACAACUAGAAGACUGGUGGACUCGGCCAAGAGGACAA